AUGAGAGCGUUCUUUACCCAGGGUUUUAGUUCCUUAUUCUAUUUUGGUGAAGGUUUAUUCCAGUGCUUUAUUACUAAGUGUCAAAUGUAUGCUUAUAUAAUGUAAUUCUUCUCUUCCAUUCAAGCUCCUUGUCCACCUCCGCGGCAGCCUGUUGUACGGAACGUCACUGCUACCAAUGCCUAUUUUGAAUGGCUUUAUGACGGAGCAUGCGCAAAUGCUGGCUUUGUUACUGGCUAUAGAGUGACGUACUCGAGUAGUGUGAACCGCUCGCAGCUGGAGAUCCCGGAUGCGAUGUCUACUUCCGUAUCUCUUCAAAAUCUAACGCCAAACACAACAUACCAAGUUGAAAUAAUGGUGUUAACUUUAAAUAACAAAGACAGUGUUCCAUCUGAGCUUGUGCAGUUCAACACAAAAGAGAUCAGUGAGUACAUUUGCACCCUUUAAACAAUCGCAAUUAAAGCGUUCUUCAACUAGGCUUUUAGCUCCUUAGGCUAUUUUGACAAGGACAGUGUUUCUUUUGAGCCUGUAAAGUUCAUUACCAUAGAGAUCAGUGAGUAGAAGUUGCACCCUUAACUUUGUUACUCACUUUUGUUCUAAGUUCAUUUGAGGCGCCUUUUUACUGAGUGUUCAAAGAAUCCUGGUUUGUGUUUGUUUUAUAAUACGCUUUUUUGUGAUUUGUCUAAAAAACGUGCGCUACUUUCUGGACUAAUCACAUCUUGGUCACCAGCGUUUACCCGUGCUUCAGCCAUUUUGCUUGCCUUUUCCUUGAAUCACGUUGAAAUUUGAUUUAUACAAAAUUCAAUCGAAAUAAAUUUUGUAAUGACCUAUAGAAAUUUAUCAACUUUAAGGUUAGGUCUAUAGAACAUGAGAGUUUCUUUGUGUCACAUCAGGAGAAGUAUCAUAAUCCUUGCAUUUUCCCCCAGAAGUGCAAGAGGAUCUUCAAAUGCCUCUUUUGUUCUUCGAUUUAAUCUCACUGAAAAGUUCGAGAGAGUCCCAGUUUGUUAGCGAAGUCUGCCACUGGAAAACUCAAAUUGAUAUUCGAUGCCUCGAAGUUUCUCUCUAGUAGCAAUAAUUACGGGCUUUUGGCUCCAAUGGUGAAAAUAGGUUAUUUAAGUUUCUUAAUUACAAAACAUUUCUUCGCUGUUUGAUAUUUCUGAUCGUGUUUGUAUAGAUAAUGUAUUCUUACUUUUCCUUCCCAGUUCCUUGUCCUCCUCCCCAACGGCUUAUUGUACGAGAUGUCACUGAUACCAACGCCUCUAUUGAAUGGGUUUAUGACGGAGCAUGCGUAAAUGCUGGCUUUGUCACUGGCUACAGAGUGACGUACACGAGUGGUACGAAUAGCUCGCAGUUGGAGAUCCCGGGUCCGAGAUCUACCUCCGUAUCUCUUCAAAACUUAACGCCAGUCACAACAUAUAAAUUUCAGAUAAUGGUUUUAACUUCAAAUGGCAAAGACAGUGUUCCUUCUGAGCCUAGGCAGUUCAUCACAGAAGAGAUAAGUGAGUAGAAUUUACAUCAUUUGAACAAUCACGCGAGAUUGUUCAUUGACCGAGUUUUUUUUAGCUCCUUAGUCUAUUUUGGCGAAGGUUUAUUCCAGUGCUUUACUACUGAGUUUCGAAUGUAUGUUUAGAUAAAGAGUUUCUUCUCUUCCUUCCCAUCUUUUCUUCUUCAGCUCCUUGUCAACCUCCCCAACAGCCUAGUGUUCACGACGUCACUGCUACUAAUGUCUCGAUCGAAUGGGUUUAUAACGGAGCAUGCGCAAAUUCUGGCUUUGUCACCGGCUUCAGAAUGACGUACACGAGUGGAGCAAGCCGUUUGCAGCUGGAGAUCCCGGAUGCUGGGACUACUUCCGCAUUUCUUCAAAAUCUAACGCCACUCACAACGUACCAAGUUAACAUAAUGGUUUUAACCUCGAAUGGCAGAGACAGUGUUCCUUCUGAGCCUGUGCAGUUCAUUACAAAGGAGAUCGGUGAGUGACUUUCACUAUAAAGUUGAACAAUGGCAAUGAGCGCAUGCCUUUAACAGGAUUUUGUUACACACUCUGUUUCAGUUUAAUCCGCUUAGAGUACCUUAUUUCUUUGAGUGUCAGUACACCUUAACGACUGAAUCGGUUUAUUUUGAUCUUCCAUAAGAAUUUUAUAUGUAAUCGCAUGGGCCCGAGGGCAAUUAAGGAUUAAUUUCUCGUGUAUUUUCUCAAACAGCAAAAAAGGCUCAAUUAGCAUCAAGUAAUCAUGCUAUCUUGGUUACCGAAAGUACCCUCCUGGUUUAAAAAAGUGCCGCCCUGUCUCAGCUAGUCAUCAUUCAGUAAUUUUGCCUCAUAUGUGAUAAAUCCAAAAAGAGUGCGCCUAUCUGUUCACCACUGGCGACUCAAUCAUAUCACCCACGUUUCCCGCCUUUUAGCCAGUUUGCAGGUUUUUUAUUUUUUUCUUCGAGUCACUGUGAGAUUUGCGUCGUAAAAAUUCCAAACGAACUGAGCUCUAGGAUAGACCGAAAAAAAAUUCAUAAACUUAAGGUUACUGUGGAUAGAAAAAAUCUUUCUUCUUAUUACGCUAGCUUUACACCAUUAUCUUUGUUACAGAGUCUCAGGAAAGACCGGAGAAUAUUCAAGCUCUGUUGGUGUUAUCCGAUUUAAUUUCGCUGAGAUGGUCGUUCAUGAUCAACCCAAAUGAUAAUGUACUGUAUCAGGGUUUCAAGGUCCAGUAUCGAGUGGUUGGCAGAGUGGGAGACUGGAGUGUUGUAACCGUGUAUGGAAUUGACAAACGAUCAUUGGUUCUAUCCGGGAUGAGACCUGGCUUGUCUUACGAAGUAAUAGUCAGGGCUUCCAGUGACCAAAGCGAAGGAAAUCCAUCGCAUCCUGUUAUUAUUACAACACUAGAAAGCGGUGAGUUAAAUUCUUCCAGCAAACUGUGGUCACACGGACUUCUCAGCUCGACUGAACUUUGACCCCACCUCCUUCUCUUUUACCUUUCCCGAACUUCCCGGACAUCACUUGGUCAACGAGGAAAGAGAGUGAAUUCUCUUUUAGAUCAGAAUUUUCUAAGAAUAAAAGAGUUUAUUCAUAAAACAUUCCACCGGGUUCCCUGGGUCACAGAUACGCUACUUUGUUUGUGUCACAGGGUCGGUAACAUCUGAGGAGUUGGAUUAUUUCGCUCCCCAGUAAUUGGCGUUACCGCAUCUCCUUGCAAGGAGAAGCUACUAACUCCUCUUGGCCCAAAGAUUGCAAAAAAAAAAAGGCCAUCCUUGUUCUUUUCUGGUAUUUUCUUCCUUUUUUAUUGUCUUUCAACGCUAACAAAAAUGAUUUAUUCGUUGCAUCCUAUUUAAUGGCGAUGAUCUUGAAGAAAAAGCUUCAAAUCAUCAAAAUUGUCGCGAGUUUGCCCCUUUAACCACCAGACACUUUCCAUCCUUGCCAUUUAGUCCCCAGUGCUCCCCCAAGAAAUAUCACCAGCCUGGGUCUCACCAGUACAAACCACUUAUUCAUUCGAUGGACGAAUAUCCUGGAUGACGAGGUCAAUGGAGAACUGAAAGGCUAUGUAGUGUCGUACACGGAGGUCAGCAUCGGCGGCGUCAAAGUUACAGACGCGGUAGCAAAGACGAAGAGCGUCAGAGCAGACACUCACUUCAUGGUCUUAGAUGGUGUGUUGAGUUUUACGACUUAUGCCAUUAGAGUGGCCGGACUCACAAAGUACGGAGUGGGAAAAUUUAGCACGGCCAAAUAUGAGGGUAAAUAUCCUAAAGAAAAUAACUCAAGCCGUUCCCAGGUUCUUUUCUCCGAAAGCGAAAUAGCGUUCGUGGGCUCAGAAAUGGUAAGCGUGUCGUUCCUAGGGUUCUUUGUCAUGUGUGGGUUAUUAAACCGGUGAGAAAUUUGUUAAAAGCCUUAUAUUUUCUAAUUCUCUCCUAUCCUAGUGGUAGCCAGUGGCUUAUCAAACAAUUCGCAACUCUUUAAGAAAAGUUUUUCCCUUUUUUUAAAGGAAGCAAAUUUUUUGUCUACUAUAUUUUAGAAAAACCUGAUAAGCCUUCAAUUUUACCCGAAACAAAUUAUCAUUGCUGUUCUUCUUAGAGACAUGUCGAUGUGAAAAGCGAUUGACUGCAAACUAUUGGUUGAAUCCACCUUACGUCAUCAGCCCCUCUGCCAAUAAUAUGAGCGGAAUUUUCAUGACCAUCUUGGACCAGAUGGUUUUCCAGUGUUGUGCAAAUUGUACAAGUGGACAUGGGACUUCUUUCGUCGAUUACAACUCAGAUGGCGAUCAGAACUUUGCAAAGAAGCCUACAGAACACAACAUGAUAGACGCCAUUGAUCACGUGACAGAUUUGCAUUUUCCAGUGCAUGGUUCGUCUGAUCAGCGGACGUAUUCAGGAACGUUCAAGUAUGUUCCCGUGGUGGAGUCCCCUGGGGCGGCCUUCAUUGUCCGAUAUAAGAAACCGAACGCACCGAUAACAAAUGCAUUAGCUGAAUGCUGGCCGCUUGCUGCUUUAGUUUUUGUGUUUGUCUUAUCAUCUGGACUUUUAUAUUGGAUAACGGUGAGAGAAAUACCGAUAGGAAGUACUUAACCUUUAAUCACUGUAAUUAAACGAUUAGAGUUAAGCAAUCUGAUUGGUUCGCUAUCUCGUGAUAAUAAAGAUUCAUCACUACCAUGCACCUCUAAUAUUACCAUUUCCAUCAUUCUUUUAGUAUUCCAUAGUCGUCUUGUUUUUAUUGUGUUACAUUAUCACGUUUCUUCACUGUAAUUGUCUUUCUUAUUUUUAUCAUCAUUAGCUAUGAGAGGAAACGCGGAGCAAGUUCGUGUUUACGAGCGCGCAGCGGGGGAAAAUGUCAACGUUCCUCUGCACUGCGUCUGCGUUCAUUUUGUGCCUCUGUCCGUGUGAAGAUUAACUUCUUACCAAUCGAGCGCAAGAGCCGUACUGGGGAAUAUUUGCCCGAGGUUGUGGCAGUACGGAGCGAAGAAAGCGAGGUCCGUAUUAAAACAACCGAGGGGAACAUUCCUUAAUACGGCUCGAGCAAGCGAGGUUGAUGAGUGGUUUAUUAUAUGGCACUCGGAAGAAACUUGUUUAUUUUGAAUUUGCCAGCUUUCGCGAACAAAAAUACACGGCUUAUGAUUUUUUCCGUAGAAACAGUCCGUAUGGCAAAAUCCCGACCAAGUCAAAACCACUCGGAACGUUCGGAUUGACCCUAGGACUACCCUGCCAUGCAAUAAAAACUAAUCAAUUUCUCUUCACGUUUGAACUGAUUUCACGUCGUAAAUUGAUUUCAGGACUGUUCCGAGAACUCAGAACUUUCUCCUUCGUUCCUAAAAGGAUUCUGGGAAGGCACAUGGUGGGCGUUCGUCACUUGUUCAACAGUAGGGUAAGACCAAGAACAGGAAAUUUUGUCUCGCUCAUUGCCAGGUGAAAGAAAUAGUUACAUUUAUUGAUAGGUUGUCCUUUGUGGCUUGUAGAUAUGGUGACAAGACACCCCGUUCGUUUGUGGCUAAAUGGUUAGCUAUGGUUUGGAUGAUUGCGGGGUGUGUUGUGUUCUCUUUACUGUCCAGCUGUUUAAUAGCAGGACUGACUGUAACCACUGUUGAUAACAGUAAUAUCAAACUUUAUGGAUUGAAGGUAAGAAAUUAUUAGACCGAGUGGCAUGAACAUUUGGCAACAGAGUUAUUUUGGGAAUGGCGACUUUUCGUGUUUGCAGUUUUUAUAGAAGUUCUCACUGCAAUAGCAAGGCAAAACAAAGCAAUUGUACUUCUAAAAGACAGUUGAAACGAAGGACAAAAACAUACGAAAAGUAACGUAAACUGAGCUUGCAACAAAGCGCAAUUCUUUAGUGUAGUCUCUCGAUCUUGAAACCAAGGUUUUCUAAUCAAGAUGGCUAACUUUACCUCACUUUUAGGCCACUAAUGACUCAUAUUUCUUGCCAACAUCUGUUCCCAGGUGGCCGUUCUACGCGACUCCCCUGAGUAUAAUCUUGCAUUGAGAAGAAAUGCUCAAGUCAACAAUGGUUAGUUUGCUCAUACAGAUUCUAUCGUUUAUCUAAUGUAUCCAACUCAGUAAGUCUUCUAUAUGCAAGAUGUUCUCCUAAAAGAGAUAGAAAAGCCUAUCAUAAUUUUAGACUUCAAUUGAAAUACUACCAUUCAUGUACUUAGAUACUGAAAUCAAAGAAUUCUUCCAUGGUUUAAAAGUUUUCGUCACAAGCAACUUAAGUAAGGCUUAAGUGAAAUACCAAAUGUAACUAACAAUGUCGUCAACGAGAUAUAAAUUUAAUUUUGAAGAAUUCCUGAAUCACUGAGGUGGGAUAAGUUCAAAGAACCUUCCUCUAUAACGUGCACGUUUAUCUGCACAUGUGUGGUAGCAGCAAAAAUAAUUUAAUUUCCACUAACUGAAAAGACACUUCCUUCCACAGCUCGUAACUACACCAAUCUUGAGGAGAUAAGAGAAGAUCUAUUGAGAGGAGUGGUGGAGGGGGCCUUAAUUGACACAUACGUAGUAGCUGAAAGACUCGAUUUGUUUCAAGAUGAAUCAUUACAAAUUUACAAGGUAAACACACACCACAAAUGCACUUUUUGUUAUGAUUGACUACAAGCCUAAUCUCGAACUCUCACGGAACUACAUAGCCUGAGACAUGAGGCGAAUAUAUGGAAUCCAGGCUUCCCCCCCUCUUCCAAGUCGCACCAAGUUGAUUUCAUUUAUGGUCCUAUAAAAUGUAAACUCCCAGAAUUUAGUCUCUAUAUCCUCAAGUUGGCUAUUUGUAGCCUGUCUUUGCUCUCUUCUGGGUUAUUCAGCCUUCUCCCCCCCCCUUAAUAAACUAAUACAAAGCAGUCUCUCUCAACCUUGACGACAAUUUUGCAGGAUGCAAAAACAAAUCAUACUAUCGUAAUAUACAUGGCGAUCUCCAAGACAAGGCUAAUUUGAUAACUGACUUCUCAUCACAAGCGAACAAUUAAGGAUAUAUUUUUUCUCUCCGUAGCUCAUUGACUACCGUUCAUCGUUCGGCAUUGUUUUGGGGGGGAACUCAGUCAGAUUGCAGCACUGCUUCCUUGACUAUCUCAAGAAUGAAAAAUCAAUGUUAGCACACCUUGUAGAGAAGUACACAGCCACUUUACAAGUAUGAAUGCAUAAUAUUAAGAAAUUAUUGGAUGAGGUUGAGUAUGAUAUCAUAAAUCAUCAAAGCAGAGGUCUGAGUUAUCUGCUGAAGCUGAAGGCUGGGGCGGAUAACACAGACAUAAGAUUUGAUAAUUCAUAAUAUCAUGCCAAAACCGAAAUCAAUAUUUGUUUUAUCAUACAUUUUUAAAACAGUUUGCAUAAGGAGAUACCUCUCUGAGUUUGCAAAAGUUUGAGAACACUACAUGGACGACAGGCUUGGAAACUAGGCAGACUUUGAACUCAACAUGAUAACCCAAUAUCUUCUGCAGAUAUUGGGUUAUCAUGUCAACUUCACACACCAUUAUACAUUGACUAAAUGCUCUCGACAAACCAGGUUUUUAUAAUAAGUCUUGUGUAUAACUACACAAAACAUCUUUUUCCCUAAACUUCAAACUUUGCAUAUCAAUAUCAAAGAGUUUUGUAUCCUAAGUUGCCCAUGAAUUUCACCCUAUUUUGAAACCACUUAUGAAUCAGGUAUAAUUACAUCUCAACAUAGAAGGGGGCUAAUUUUUUGUUGAAUUAUUUUCAUUUAGCAAGCUGAAACUUCAUUAGCAGAACAAAUGGCAACAGGAAUGUUUGACAGUUCCGAGAACACCUACAGAUUCAAUGUGAUUGUGUUGUCAGCAAUUUUGGCUACUGCCAUUAUAUGUGGAGGUAUUCUUGAUUUCUGCAGAUGGAUGAAGCAUCGCAUGAAACGAGGUACAGUAACCUUAAAAAAUUGCUAUUCGCUCAUUUACUACCAAAAUAAUUUUAACCCUGAGAAUUAGUUAUUAAAUUAAACAAUAUCCCUUAAUUGAUAGUUUUGUUUCUUGUUACCUUUUUGCUUGAAAUUCCAUUUUUGUCACAUGAUCUCCACAUUAAAUUCCAUUUUUGUGUAAAAACCUUUUACUUGAAAAAGUAAUGGCAUUGUCAUGAGAAAUUCCAUUUUUGUCACAUGACCACGUUACGUUCACGUUACAUUCCAUUUUUGUCUUAUAACCUUUUUACUUGAAGAAGUAAUUAUCAUUGUUAUGUGAAAUUCCAUUUUUGUCCCAUGACCUUCACAUUACAUUCCAUUUUUGUCUCAUUGCCUUUGUGCUUAAAAAAGUAGUGGCACUUAAAAGAGAAAUUCCUUUUUUUAAACACCCAGAAGUGAAAAGGAGGAACUUUGAUUAACAAAUAGAGAAUCCUUGACUGUGCUCUGCUCUGUGGUUAAGCAUGCAGGAAGUGGCUAGAGCAUAAAAGAAGUGUAGGGAGAAACAUGAGAAAUAGUUAAGUGUUUCUCCCCAUUUCUUGAGUGCUCUGGUGGCUUCUUAAGUUCUUUACAACAGAACAGAGCACAGUCAUGGCUUCUUUAUUUGUUUUAUAAAAAAGACUCAAACUUUAUUAUAACAUAAAUUAAGUCUUCAUAGUAUGUCAUCUGGUUGCUUUGACAGUUUGCUGUGAUCUGCUUACAACCUUUAGAGAGAAAUGCACUGUGGGAGUAAAGUCAUUGGUCCAAAAACAAAACAGGGCUCAAACCCAGACCUCCCAAUUGAGAGUCAUUUCAGCUAUAGGGGGGCUUCUCCCUGUUUGUUCUGACAUAGAAAUUAGACAGCUAGGCACAAGCUUUGGUUUGAAAAAAUCAAACAAAAUUUAAAUGUUAUGUUACUUCAUUUACAGUAGCAGAUGACGAAACCAGAAGGAAUAACAACAGGAGAAACAUGUUUAUUCAAGAAACAAACAAUCUAAUGACAGAAUUUUUUAGCAACAUUCGUAGGCAGUACGAUAAAAUUGCUGCCAGACACAGAGAAGAACGAAGGCAGCUACUGAACUCCAACAGGAAGGAAAAUAAAUAA